AUGGUGAAGCUCAACGUGUUUGGCACAGGGUUCACUCUGCAAGCUGCCAUUUGGGCGGCCUGUGGAAUGGCGUUCAUUCUCUUCGGAUACGACCAAGGUGUUUUCUCCGGAAUCGUCGAGAAUGAGGACUUUCUCGACACCAUGGGUAACCCAGGAGACAGCUUGAUGGGGAUCAUUGUUUCCAUAUACAACCUCGGAUGCUUUGCCGGUUGCAUUGUGAACUUCCUCAUAGGCGAUUGGCUCGGACGGAGAAAGGCUAUGUGGCUUGCGAUGGUCUGGGUGAUUAUCGGUGCCACCUUGCAAGCAUCUGCGUUCUCCGUUCCACACAUGAUGGUUGGUCGCUUCGUGACGGGUAUCGGCACUGGGAUUGAAACCUCUACUGUGCCCAUGUAUCAGGCAGAACUCUGUGAGGCGUCCAAGCGUGGUAAACUCGUCUGCAGUGAGCCUUUACUGGUGGGUGUGGGCAUUGUCGUCAGUUACUUUUUCGACUACGGAAUGAGCUUUGUCGGGGGCCAAAUUGCUUGGAGAUUGCCCAUCGCGUGUCAGAUGCUCUUUGGAUUCGUCGUCAUUAUACUUGUUUUCGGCCUCCCCGAGUCUCCGAGGUAUUGCUACAAGGAAGGACGUGACGACGAAGCGUUGCAGAUCCUUAGUGAUGUAUACGGUCGACCAAAAGACGACGCGAAGAUUCUCGUCGAGCAGGCCGAGAUCCUCGAGGCUCUUGCUAUUGAGACCAAGCAUGGAGAGUACAAGUGGAGAAAUAUCCUGAAGCGCGACGAAGUUUGCACAGGCCAGCGAGUUCUCCUCGGCUAUGGAAUGCAAUUCAUGAACCAGCUCGGUGGCAUCAACCUUCUAGUAUACUUCAUUCCGACGGUCCUCAACACCAACGUUGGCCUUACCAAGAACCUCUCCAUGAUCGUCGGAGGAUGCGCCCAGAUCAUGUUUGUCGUUGGCAGCUUCUUCCCUACCUUCUUCGUCGAUCGAGUAGGCCGCAGAACGCCCAUGAUGUGGGGCUCCUUCGGCCUUGGAAUCUGCAUGAUGAUGGUUUCCAUCCUUCUCAGCUUCAAGGGCAAGGAAAAUGGCCACGCGACCUCAUCGGCUUCAGUUGCUUUCUUUUUCCUCUUCAUGCUUAUCUUCGGAGCAUCAGUCAACUGCAUUCCAUGGGUGUAUGUACCGGAAAUCCUGCCACUGCACGCUAGAGCUAAGGGAACGGCUGUGGGAAUCUCUUCCAACUGGAUCUGGAACUUCUUCGUCGUCAUGAUUACCCCCGUGAUCAUCAACCGUCUCCAGUGGAAGGCGUAUCUGAUUUUCAUGUGCACCAACUUUGCAUUUGUGCCCCUCGUUUAUUUCUGCUACCCCGAAACCGCCAAGCUGAGUCUCGAGGAGAUUGACUACCUCUUCACUCAGCCGGAUAAGAGUGCCGUGAAGGUUUCCUUGGAGCUCCAGAAGGAGCGGAAGAGGCAUGGCCAUGGCCCCAGUCUUGUCGCGGAUACUGGGGUCUUGAGACGUACGAGUGCAGUGCCUGAUGAGGGCUUAGAGAAAAAUCAUGGUGUUGAUGAACAUGUUGAGAGGGUUUAG